AACUUCCUUCGUUAAUUUUUCGAAAUCUAAAGGCACAACCAAGAUUCGAGCCAAUGUCUUAAGUAAUUGAACAUGUUAUUACUCUAACCUCGUGAAAGUGACAAACGGACUCGUUUUCAUUGUCGUCAAAAAUAACUUAUAAUGAAGGGGGUGCUUUUUGAUUGACGGCGUGCACAUGCGCAAUUAGCCGCGAGACGACCGUUAGAUCCAAUAAGGUAUUUCUGCGCAUGAGUUUAGCUAGCUAACGUGAUCGGGGAUUUCUAUUGAAGAAGCAGUUUCUGCCUAUCUUCAUACUGUACUGUCUUUGGGCGAAGUGCUUCAUUCUGACGUUUGGCGUUUCCUAUUGAGAUAGAACACACCUCUUCCUGUCGGUGUCAGAGUAGUAACUUCACCAUAUGUAGUUGGUCAGAGCCCCACAGAGUUGAGCACAGGCAACCGGGCUGAAAAUCAAGUCAUAUCGGCGAAUGCAACCGGGAGUUGACAGCCUAGAAACAGCGAGACUGGCCGCUUUUGGAGAGUGACAUCAGUGGAAACAAGGCUGCACAUCAAAACGGGUGCAAGCUGCCUAUCGACAGCAGACUUUGAGUGAUAAGUAGCUGUUCAAUUGUCGGAUGAGAAUUCUAACUAGUAGUCGAAGAUGGCUAGCUAGCUUAUUUUCGCCCAGCCUUAAACUCGAUUUCUGCUGUACGUAAAACCGAAUUUAUCAGAUUUUUAUAACGCGAACUGGUAAGAAACUAAAGAGCCCAGUGAAUCUGUAAUUAUGAUAUCUUGACAAGUGUCAGUUAGCUAUGUUUUUCUCAAUCCAUUUGCUAAUCUAGCUAGUUGCUAGCUAGUUUAUCAGCGUCGUUGAAGCUCGAGCAAGUAUCGCCGUGGCAGUGAAAUCUGAUUGGAUACCCUGAUCGUGUGAACAAAUUGCAGACGCUGGGGCACGGAAGACCCUCGUCCAAAGGGACUGGAACAGGGGCUCGUUUGACAGUGAGCGGAGAGGAGAACUCUGGGGAACCCGUAACUACUCGGCUGCAUCGCCUGUGAGACGUUGAACUGCCGAUAAACCAGAUUGAACCAAGAGUUCCUGACGUUUGACAUCUGUGAUCCGGGGAGUAAACCGGGCAGGGACCUCAUGAAUGGAAAUCGGAACUACAGGAGCCGUUGGAGCCCAGCCCCUGUUCACUGUGCCGCGGCGGCCUGGCUAUGGCACCAUGGGAAAGCCCAUCAAGCUGCUGGCCAACUGCUUCCAGGUGGAUAUCCCCAAGAUAGACGUCUACCUCUAUGAGGUGGACAUCAAGCCCGAGAAGUGCCCGCGCCGCGUCAACAGGGAGGUGGUGGACUCCAUGGUGCAGCACUUCAAGGUUACCAUCUUUGGGGAUCGUCGGCCAGUCUACGAUGGGAAGAGGAGCUUGUACACAGCGAACCCACUGCCUGUGGCAACCGCAGGGGUGGAUCUGGACGUCACUCUACCGGGUGAGGGGGGCAAGGACCGGCCCUUUAAGGUCUCAAUCAAGUUUGUGUCCCUGGUGAGCUGGCACAUGCUGCACGAGGUGCUAACGGGCCGCAGCGUGCCUGAGCCCCUGGAGCUGGACAAGCCCAUCAGCACCAACCCAGUACACGCUGUGGAUGUAGUGCUGCGACACUUGCCCUCCAUGAAGUACACCCCGGUGGGUCGCUCCUUCUUCUCAGCCCCAGAGGGCUACGACCAUCCUCUGGGAGGGGGGAGAGAGGUGUGGUUUGGUUUCCACCAGUCUGUACGUCCUGCCAUGUGGAAGAUGAUGCUCAAUAUUGACGUUUCUGCCACGGCCUUCUACAAAGCCCAGCCUGUGAUCCAGUUCAUGUGUGAGGUCCUGGACAUCCACAACAUAGACGAGCAGCCCCGACCUCUCACAGACUCCCACCGGGUCAAGUUCACCAAAGAAAUCAAAGGUCUGAAGGUGGAGGUGACCCACUGUGGAACCAUGCGGCGGAAGUACCGUGUUUGCAACGUAACCCGUCGGCCCGCCAGCCAUCAAACGUUCCCUCUGCAGCUGGAGAAUGGUCAAACGGUGGAACGCACGGUGGCCCAGUACUUCAGAGAGAAGUACAGCCUGCAGCUCAAGUAUCCCCACCUACCCUGCCUCCAGGUGGGGCAGGAACAGAAGCACACCUACCUGCCCCUGGAGGUGUGUAACAUAGUAGCUGGGCAGCGCUGCAUCAAGAAACUGACAGAUAAUCAGACGUCCACUAUGAUCAAAGCCACGGCUCGCUCUGCACCUGACAGACAGGAGGAGAUCAGCCGGCUGGUGCGUAGUGCCAACUACGAGGCUGACCCCUUUGUGCAGGAGUUCCAGUUCAAGGUGCGCGACGAGAUGGCCCACGUGACUGGGCGUGUGCUGCCCGCCCCCAUGCUGCAAUACGGCGGCAGGGUGAGCACAGAGCACUUUAUGAACCGGACAGUGGCCACCCCAAGUCACGGGGUGUGGGACAUGAGGGGCAAACAGUUCCACACGGGAGUGGAGAUCAAGAUGUGGGCCAUCGCGUGUUUCGCCACACAGAGGCAGUGUCGUGAGGAGAUCCUCAAGGGUUUCACAGACCAGCUGCGUAAGAUCUCCAAGGAUGCUGGGAUGCCCAUCCAGGGCCAGCCGUGUUUCUGUAAAUACGCCCAGGGAGCCGACAGUGUGGAGCCCAUGUUCAGGCACCUGAAGAACACCUACUCUGGACUGCAGCUCAUCAUCGUCAUCCUGCCCGGAAAGACCCCCGUCUACGCGGAGGUGAAGAGGGUGGGAGAUACUCUCCUAGGAAUGGCCACUCAGUGUGUCCAGGUGAAGAACGUGGUGAAGACGUCCCCCCAGACCCUCUCCAACCUCUGCCUCAAGAUCAAUGUCAAGCUGGGGGGAAUCAACAAUAUCCUGGUGCCCCACCAACGACCCUCAGUAUUCCAGCAGCCAAUCAUCUUCCUGGGGGCGGACGUUACACACCCCCCUGCUGGAGAUGGGAAGAAGCCCUCCAUCGCUGCAGUGGUCGGCAGUAUGGACGCCCACCCCAGCAGGUACUGUGCCACAGUGAGGGUCCAGAGGCCCAGGCAGGAGGUGAUCCAGGAUCUGGCCUCUAUGGUCCGAGAACUGCUGAUCCAGUUCUACAAGUCGACCCGCUACAAGCCCACCAGGAUCAUCUUCUACAGGGACGGCGUGUCAGAGGGCCAGUUCAGACAGGUGCUGUACUACGAGCUGCUGGCCAUCCGUGAGGCCUGCAUUGGCCUAGAGAAGGAGUACCAGCCCGGCAUCACCUACAUCGUGGUCCAGAAACGCCACCACACCCGCCUCUUCUGUGCCGACCGCAACGAAAGGGUUGGACGUAGUGGAAACAUUCCUGCUGGCACCACGGUGGACACGGACAUCACGCACCCCUACGAGUUUGACUUUUACCUCUGCAGUCACGCUGGAAUACAGGGCACCAGUCGGCCCUCCCACUACCACGUCCUGUGGGACGACAACUGCUUCACGGCCGACGAGUUCCAGCUGCUCACUUACCAGCUGUGCCACACCUACGUGCGCUGCACCCGCUCCGUCUCCAUCCCCGCACCAGCCUACUACGCCCACCUGGUGGCCUUCCGUGCCCGCUACCAUCUGGUGGACAAGGAGCACGACAGUGCGGAGGGCAGCCAUGUCUCCGGUCAGAGUAACGGUCGGGACCCCCAGGCUCUGGCCAAGGCGGUGCAGAUUCACCACGACACGCUGAGGACCAUGUACUUUGCCUGAGCACCAUCCCUACCAUCAUCACCGCACUUAAAACACACACCCCCACACCCCUGCCUGCCAGUCAAGGAGGGUUGUAGCCCCCCACAACCAGUCAAUCCGGACCUGACACUGUGUAGAGGGAAGAGGGGGGGUGGGGGGACUGAGGAUGCAGACAGACGCUGCUUUAAAACAAGAGAGGAAGAACUUGGCACUAUUAUGCAAUAUUAAACCAGCCCCCUGCUUUUCCUGGGCACCCUAACUCCGCCCCCACCUCCUCCAGGCCCUCCCUCCUUUUCUCCGGUCAUGAAAGAGAUCUGUGGUUUUGAUUCCGGAUGUGUAUGGUCGACGUUGCAGAGUUCGUUCCCUUUCGUCAUCAAGCCUUUUACCUCAACUCAGUUUAACGGCAGCACUUUCUGCCCUUUUUCGUUUGUUAGUUAUGUUUUGACUUUUCUUUAUCAAAGGUUGAGGAGAGAAGAAGAAAAGGAUGAGGUGUUUGAAGGGUGGAUCUCGAUCUGUGCAGAACUAUCACGGCGCACUAGCUUGCCGCUUAUUUUCCUCCUCCUUUUAUUUUUUGCCAAUGGUGACUUAUCAAAAGUGUGAGCGUGUCAAUGGACACUGUGUACAAGGAGACGAACACGAGCUCUUAUUUUGAGUAUAGUGCAACCUGGAGUCUGAACAGUGUAAAUGCUCUCUUCAAAAGUCCCAACCUCUCUGGGGAAUAAGCUAUGAUGCUAAUCAUAUGAUUUCUUACUCGUUAUCAUUUGAUUUGACCCAAUAAGUGAUGUGCGUAUACAAUGGCACACAUCCGUAGAGGGUAAUACAAUGAUAUCAAACCCUAGGUCAGUCCCCUAUGACAUCGAUCUAAUGUGCUGUCACAGCAACAUUGCAAUGUGACCCUGUUUGGAAUUUUCUUUCCUGUACAUCAUGUUUGCUAUUUAAGAUGCUUGUUUUUUUUACCAUUCUUUCCAGUAUUUAUUAGUACGCUCAAGAUAUAGUAAUUUAAUGAGAAGAGCAUUUAUUUUUGCAUUCUUUCAUUCUCUCUGCUCUCUUGAAUUUGAGUUUUGUUGUGGAAGAUCCUAAAUUGAAUGACAGAUCAUGUUGCUUUCCUCUAGUGCAAUAAUGUUUUAGCUGAGGGAAGGAAGCGUCUUCUAGAGGAUACGACUUGAAUGUCUGGAAGUCUGCAGCGGUGAGUUUAGGAGAAUGUACUAGAACCCAGGUCUCUUACGAGAGCUCUCGGAUAGUAAGAGAAUGUUUUUGAGCCACACAAUUGGCACUUACCCCAUUGCUCCUCUUUAUGAAGGGAGUAUCGGGGUUCAUAGGUCUAAGGGUUAUGCCAAUGAGUGUGUUAUGGGUUAGAAAUCAAGUGCCUGGUUUUGGAAAUUAACGGUUAAAUGGCUGGUUGUAUGGAUGGAUUAUGACGUGGCGGUCCGAGCUUUCAAAAUGUAUUCGAACAAGGAAGUUAAAGGUCAAGGUUUAGCUGGAGAAAGUUGACUUCAAGCUACAUUUGCCUCAUUUUUGACAGAAGUUGCAUCACAUUGAAAUCCUUGCAAUAGAAAAUAUAUAAUGUGUGUGUCUGUUUCUCCAAUCGUCUUUGCCUAAUAGCAGCGGUAUUUUAGUAGAUCAAGUCGUGCUGCACUCUGCCUCUAUCCUCAUCAGACAUGGAUCUAGCUGCUAUAUCUACAUGUACUCAAGGUGACUAAGAAUCGAGGCAUGCCUCAGUCAUGAGCGGCAGGAGAGCUAAGCCGCUAAGACAAAAAUUCAAUUUCCCAUAUAACUGACCAUCCAAACCAAUAGUAGCUAGCUGUCUUCUAGAGUCAACAAUUCGAUGACUCUUGGAAGUCCGGGAGACUGAGUGAGUGACUUGUGUGGUCGCUCCUACGUGCUCUGUGACAUGAGGCAUGCCUAGUGGUGUUCAAAAGAGACAAUUAUCUUUACUAAAAUAAGUGUGUGUUGGACCAAACACAUGCCUCUGGUGCUAUGUACCGUAGUAAACCUCCCAAUGAAGUAGACGAGAGGGUCUGUGUUAUGUGGGGAACUGUAGGGAUUUCUCGUCCUAACUGUUAGUGGAAACGGUUGCCAUUUGAGAAUCUCUUGUUUUUGACGGUACAAUGAUACAAGGACACAGUUCUCAAGGCGAGGACUGCCCCAAUAGGUGAACGGUAGUGUGGUCCAAUGGUAGAAUCCUGUGUCCCCCCCCCACUAUAGUCGCGUUUGACUGCCUUCCCAACUCUAGCCUUCCCCUGGCUGGAAGCCAAUGAGUUUGAGCCUUCAUGAUCUUCACUAGUGUCCAAAAAGCCUUUUUCAAAAGCAAGAUUGGAAGAAGUGUAUAUAUGUACAUUUCACAUUAUUGUAAUGCACACACCACUUAUUUUUUGCUAACAAAAAAUCUAACCUAUGUAGUUAUAUGGUUAUUCAUUAUUAAACGUGGGGGUUAAUAAAAUAUGGCAAGAGUUUUGAUAAUGCAAUAUAUGUUGUUGACUCGUGUCCUGUGGCAAUGUAUACUGUUAUUUGUGUAUUUUGGCGUGCGUACAGUGGCGGUGGCUCUAUUUUCGACAUGUAACGUGUGUCUGAGUUGUUAUACUGUUAUGGAUCGGGAUGCGGUGGACUUCUAUAAGUAAGAGGUGCUUCUAUUUCUGUCACUGUUGACAGCUCCUCCCUGUUGUCAAAGAAUACAAAUUAAAAUCAUUCGCCUUUUGUUGUUUUUGUUUUUUAGGGCAUAAUUGUUCUGAUCCUGCCUGAUCGUCUUUCUCAGGCGGGAGUUGAUGCCUGUAGAACAGGGGAGAGCGGGAGAAACCUGGGGCUUGUCAGUGUUCUAGACCCACUUUAAAAGAUGUAGUUGAUUUAAAGAAUGAGAUGAUUUACCUUGACUGGUCAUCUUGAACGUUUAGUACCAAUGUGGCCCGCGGUGUUUUAUUUUGAGCCUUGUGGGUGAUGAGGCCCCUAAAGAGCUAGACUUGGCCUUUUUAACUGUUGUUGCUUUUCUCCUCUCUCCUUGCGCAACCACGGGCACUUCUUGUGCUCAGAAAUACAAAGCCUUAAGGCCUCCGGUAAGCCUGCAAUGUGACAAAGUAUAUAAUCUCAUUUUGUUUUUUCCACUUUCUCCAUACUUUUGAUUCCCAUUGCCAGAUGACUACAUUCCAUCGCCUGUAGAUCUGCCAUCUGAUUCCCCUGAGAGCUAAGUGGAGAAGAUAUGGAGGACUAGAGGACUGAAGAAGUUAAGUUUGCUCCGUAAAUGUAUGAUCCAAUGGUGUCUUGGAUCGGUUUGUUGGUGUGUGCUUGGUUGGUAAAGAGUAGGGUAUUUUUGUUAGAUGGGUUUUUGUGCAUGUGGCUGGUUCUGGUGUAUGUAAAGUGAGAAGUAGGGCUGCCAUUUGAGGGAGGUGUUGUGUAUGGAUCGGUACAUGGUUUAGCAAGCGACAAGCAUAGUGAUCAUCCAAGCUGACAUGAUGAUGAACGUCAAGGACUGUAUAGAACAGUCUGAUUUUCCUGGGCAAACAAACACAUGUUUACAUAUAGCAGAUGUUUGCCUAACACCUUUUUACUUUUAAACUCGCGAAACCGUCAACAGUAACGUUUUUCACAUGUUCGUUUGUGUUCAGCAGUUGUUGUUUUUUUGCUUAGUUUAUAGAUAUUUAUGAGCAAGUCCUUCUAGGUCUUAAACAUCAACCCAGAGACUGCUAUAUUCUAUGGAAAAGUAGCUAUGUGUUCAUUCCAUUGCCUGAGACGCACAGAUAUACUGGAGUUUGAGGUGUAUGUUCUUUCUUUUCGGCGCGGAAGGUAAAUCUAUGGCAGAGUGAAGAAGUCCACAGGAAGUGCCUUUCUUUAUGGUGGUGCUGUAAAACAAAAGUCAAAUGGCAAAGACGUUUAUCUCAUUUUUGAAGAAGAAAAAUAAAGCAUUGCAAAUGCAGAAACACAUGCACAGUACACAAACUAUAUAUAUAUACGCAUACCAAGAUGCAUAAAGACAGAGUAUAUGAUUGUGGUUGAGCGUUCACUUAGUGGUGCAUUUUGGACCAAUCGACUCAGUUGGUUGGUACAGUGGAACUUGCGUUGACAAGCGAGGUCAUAAUUAAAACCGAUGUGUGUGUGACACAGCCUGGGCCACGAAUGACGAACAUAGCACAGCACUUUAUAGACUGCCACUCUCACUUGGACACACAGCCACAACGUUUUCUGUCUUUGUACCUCCUCCAAUCCCUUCCUCCCAGAUACAGUGGCGUGUCGAGGACUUGUUAUGUGAUUUGAGGAGAUUUUCCUCCUCUGGGAAUUUGAUUACGACACCAAACAAAACGGUUACUAUCGCUACUAAGUGGUCAUUUUAAAGGUGUGCCUCCAACUCAUGUGACUCCGCUGAUGAUGACUGAGUCGGCCUGCGUUUUUGUGGUUUCUCAUGAAGAAUCUGAAACCACCAACGGUUUUUAAGUGUUCCAAUGUAAGGAAGUUGGAAGUAUGGCAUUCAUAUUAGGAUGUCGGCAGUUAUCUGGCCCAUGGCGUUCUCAUCCCAGUGCAAUGCCUCGCCCUGCCGCGUGUCAGUCUUGUCCUUAAUGGAAGGAUAGUGGGCCCACUUUCAUUGGGGUUUUGGGGCAGUUCGGGUGUGAAAUAAGACUCAGAGGGUCUGUAUGAGUCAUUUGGGGUACCCAUCAGUCCGGGGGGGGGGGUAUCCUUUUUACAAGAGAUUAAAAAAACAAUGCGCCUCACUUACCUUUGUAUGCUGCAUACGUUAUACUACAUGAGAGGAGUAACUGCAAAUAUCGCUUUGGUUAUUACAGUAUAAUGCUUGAUUAAUACCUGAUUAUGAUAUUCUCAUAACUGUUUUAGAGACGGAAGUAUAACUAAGAUUCUCUUGUUUAGUUUUUUUUGUCUUAACACUUAUCUGACUUGAGCCGAACAUUUUAUUUUGUCCUCCUAUUUAAAUGUUGUUCUUUUUAAUAUGUAUAUGAAAUAUAUAUUGCAAAAUAUUUUAUGCUGUAUUUAUUUAGUGCAUAAAUGAGCAGCUAGCUAGAGUCUCUGCGCAACAUUGGCAGCAUGGUGGAGGUGCACCUAGGCGACGAGGCCUUAAACCCUUAAACCCCUCCCCCCUCCAUGUUGAAGACUUAUCCUCCCCAAACACGCAAGCACAGCAACGUGUUUGAGGGUGGACGGAGGGGCACAGUUGAUCAGGGGCAUCUGUUUUUAAAUGAGGUAUUACUUAUGUAGACCCCUGCUUUUGGCUUUCUGUUUGGGGGAAGAGGCCUUCUCAUAUGUCCUCAUCACCUUCUUGUACUCUCUAGUCCCUCUCUCCUCUCCGGGUUCUCUCCUCCCAUCUUGUUGGUCCCAAACCACAUGUUGCAUCUCAUCUCUGUAGGGGUAGGGAACCUUCACUGAACCACACGGACUGGGCUGAGCCUUGUAAAAACUGACUUCCUCAUCCAGAGCUGCUAUUGUGUUAGCCAUGUAAACUCCCCUGGCCUGGUGGAGUACAGGUGGGUGAGAAUAGAGGGGAGAGGGAGGGAUGGUGCUAAGGCAGAGGAUGUAUGGUUAGGUGUGGCUUCUGUGCUUUCAUGUCUCCUCUGUGGAGUUUUUUUUCCUUGUGCUAGAGACUUUUACACAGUAAGGAGUAGAGACUAAAGUCCCAUUCCACUCAAAUGCAAGCCUCAGUCUUAAGUGUGUUCUUACUUUGUUGGUGGGUUUUAUUUACAACUACAGAAUGCCAGAGUUGAGUACAAAAAAAGGCCCAACUCCAAAAUGUCAUCCUCGUGUUUAUUUUCAAACCACCAACAGUGCUACAGUAGUUGGUGAGCCCCAACGUACAGAAGUCUGUUUCCCCACGUGUAUGGAUGUAAGAACAGGAGCCGGAGGGUUCUGUGUGCUGUACUUAGACUUGUACCUGUGUAACGAAUCAAGGUGUUGUAGUAAUUAGUUGCUGUUCUGUUUGCCCACUGUCUGUUAGUCGUUCCCACCUCACUCUAGGGUCAGAGGCAUGGAGCUUUUGAAGGGGUCGUCAACCCUGUUCAGAACUUCAGUAGGCUUUUCCUACCUAUUACCCACAGACAAAUACUUUAAGACACGUUGACUCCAUUUAGCUCUCUGUUUUGAUGUGCAAACAGACGCUGCUUGCUUUCAGUCCAUUCGCAGUCCAUGUUAAGGUUUUGAAAUCCCGUUUUCUCGAGAGAUUAUCGGAUGCUGUUUUCCCAGUGUUAAACUGGUUUGAAGAACGAUUUCGUCAGUGGCCAAGGAUGCUGGACUUUUUAAAGGGUUUCCUAUGUGUUUCAUCCGUAUCUUGAGGUUAUUUUGUAUUUGACGUGCGGUCGGUUUGUGUCAUUACUUUUUAAUUGAAUGUCAGUCAGGAUUGUGUGCUGUGAUACCAUUUUGAGUCCUGAGGCACCUGCUAAAAUCAAUGGGUGUUUGAUGAUACGAACAAGGUAGCCACAUGAGUUCCAUGCCUCUGGCUCUGUUUCGGUCGCUCUCUGUGUGUCUCUACUCUGUUUGUUUCAAACUCUCUGUUGUACCAACAUGUCUUUUUAUUUUAGUUUUAAAUGUCUUUGUUUUGUAUUUCUCUUUAGGCCUUUUUAGUGUUACUUUGCUUUGCUUUGUUUUUGAAGUGUAUCUUUCACGAAUACUUGCAAUAAAAAGCUUUGCUUUCAUA